AAGGAUAAAGAAAGAUGGGGUGGAAAGAGCCCCAGACUGCAGUGCAUUUCUGAAAAAAUCUCAGCUAGUCUGAUGGGGAGCCCCAGACCAAAGAGGAUCCAUGUUGUGCAUAAUUGUCCCAACUCAAGUGGCACUGCCUGUUUAGUCUUUACCCGGGGAGAAUGCGGCCUCAACAGGAGUGGACAGUGCAGUGGAUCCUGAAGGUGAGGUAGCAGAGACUGCCAGGUAGCAGCUCAUGAAGGGAGAGCUAAACAGCAUCUUUUGUGCUUGUUUUAUAAACCAGAUUCCAAGGCUUCCUGUGAAAUUUCUGAUAAAUUAUGCCUGAGGCAGAGACCCAGAACCGUACUUUAACAAGUACUUUUAGGUGAUUCUUAUGAUCACUCAGGUUUGUAAAGUACCAGAGACAAUUGCUGAGACUAUUAGGGACAAAGAAAGGAAUGUUCACAUUUUGGACUCCCUUGGUGUAGUGGUUGUAUAGAUGGAUUUUCAGUUAAAGUAGUUGAAAUAUAAUAGCUAAAGGAGCAGUAGCCUAACUAGUAAUUUUAAGAAGAAACAUGAAGAAAUUGACUUUCUGUUCUUUUCAUUCUUAAAAUGCAAAGUGCCCAUUCUAUUGCUUUCACUGUAUGUGUAACUAUAAAGGUUUAAAACUAAAGCAAGAAUGUGUGGUGUAAGAUAUUUAUUUGUACAGGAUUCAUUGUAAACCAAACACUAAAUCAUUAUAACUAAGAGUCCGAUGCUGACACAUGGUGGUACACUAUUAUACAAAACCUUCUUUGGGGUGCUUUUUUAGGGACAUUAUUACCUGUGAGGUUGAAAAGCAAUUUCUACAGAUUUUGAAUUUGUUGCCUAUUUGGUGAUACACUAUGGAGGAUUUACAAUUUUUUUAAAUUUUAUUUUAAUUUUUUUUAGAGACAGCGUCUUGUUCUAUCACCUAGGCUGGAGUACAGUGGCGUGACCGUAGCUCACUGCAGCUUCAGACCCCUGGGCUCAAGGGAUCCUCCCACCUCAGCCUCUUGUGUAGCUGGGACGACAGGCAUGCACCACUACACUCGGCUAAUUUAUUUUAUUUUAUUUUUUUAGUGGCAACUGGGUCUCUAUAUGUUGCCCAGGCUAGUCUCAAACUCCUGGCUUCAAGCGAUCCUCUUGCCUCAGCCUCCCAAAAUGCUGGGAUUAUAGGCAUGAGCCACCACACCUGCCCUAUUUGCAUGUACAUAAUGAGAUGUCUUGGGGACAGGACCCAAGUCUAAACAGGAAAUUCAUUUAUGUUUCAUACAUGCCUUAUACACAUAGCCUCAAAGUAAUUUUAUACAGUACUUUUAGUAUUUUUGUGCAUGAAACAAAGUUUUGACUGUUUUGACUGGGACCUAUCACAUGUCAGGUAUGGAAUUUUUCCCUUAUGGCAUCAUGUCAGUGCUUAAAACAUUUCAGAUUUUGCCGCAUUUCAGACUUCAGAUUUUUGGAUCAGGAAUGCUUAACUAAAUUCUGAAUGCAUAACUUUCACUAUGCUAAGUGCUUUACGUGUAUCAUUGAUCAAUAACCGUAUGAGAUGGAUAUUAUUGCCAGGAAACAGAAGCCUGAAGAAGUUAAGCGACGUAUUCACUAAGAGCACAGAACUAAUUUGAGAGGGAAGAUCUGAUCUCCUAGAAUUAGAGUUGGUACAGAAACCAUUUCAGCUCCAAAAAUGUUGGAGGAAGAUAUGGAAGUUGCCAUAAAGAUGGUGGUUGUAGGGAAUGGAGCAGUUGGAAAAUCAAGUAUGAUUCAGCGAUAUUGCAAAGGCAUUUUUACAAAAGACUACAAGAAAACCAUUGGAGUUGAUUUUUUGGAGCGACAAAUUCAAGUUAAUGAUGAAGAUGUCAGACUAAUGUUAUGGGACACUGCAGGUCAGGAGGAAUUUGAUGCAAUUACAAAGGCCUACUAUCGAGGAGCCCAGGCUUGUGUGCUCGUGUUCUCUACCACAGAUAGGGAAUCUUUUGAAGCAGUUUCCAGUUGGAGAGAGAAAGUAGUAGCCGAAGUGGGAGAUAUACCAACUGUACUUGUGCAAAACAAGAUUGAUCUUCUGGAUGAUUCUUGUAUAAAGAAUGAGGAAGCUGAGGCACUGGCAAAAAGGUUAAAGUUAAGAUUCUACAGAACAUCAGUGAAAGAAGAUCUAAAUGUGAAUGAAGUUUUUAAGUAUUUGGCUGAAAAAUACCUUCAGAAACUCAAACAACAAAUAGCUGAGGAUCCAGAACUAACACAUUCAAGUAGUAACAAGAUUGGUGUCUUUAAUACAUCUGGUGGAAGUCACUCAGGUCAGAAUUCAAGUACCCUCAAUGGUGGAGAUGUCAUCAAUCUUAGACCCAACAAACAAAGGACCAAGAAAAACAGAAAUCCUUUUAGCAGCUGUAGCAUACCCUAAGAUGUUUUGGGAGGAAAACAAUUGAAUUACAUUGUGCAAUUCAUUAAGAAACCCAUCCAGCUGUCAUGGUAUGUUACAAGGUUUUCAGCAGACUUUGCUCCUAAUGGCUCUCUGAAAGUGACAGACUUAAAUAUUGCUCUGCAGUGCUUUUCAGAAUGUAGAGUGAGACCUCUGGUGGAAAAAUUAUUGCCCUGUGGACUCCUUUAAUUUUUUUUACAUUAGACGAAGCUUCUCCUGUUUGUAAAGGAAUGCUAUAAGAAAUUUCAAACACAGGUUUUGCGGAAUUUUAAAUGCUGAAACAUAAAUGAAAUGCCUAAAUAUGUUGUUACAGAUUUUAAUACUGUGGAUCAAGGAAAGAUAGCAAGCAUUCUUUUCCUGAAAUUGGUCAUGUAGCUUUUCUGCGAAAUAGUAUUGAAUCUGAAUACUUUCACAAAAUAAUACUGAAAGGUAAACCCUAAAUCUUGCCAGACUGCAUUCGUAUUUUGGCAUUGAAACUUGUGCAAUAUCUGUGUAAUGUAGAAUGUGGGGUGUGCAUGCAGAUGUCUGGUACUGGAGUAAGCUGAAGGUAUGUGCAGUAUUUAAGAAAAUGUACAUUCUAAUUCACUUAUAAAACCAUUUACAUAUUGUGUAUAUGUUUUUAUUUUCAAAUGAUAAACUCUAGACAUAUAUUUUGCAAAAUGAGCUUGGGUUUAAAAAGUGCUUUGUGCCAAAAAUACCAUACCUAAUUUUUAUAGUGCUUUACUAUCAGAAUUUAUAUUGUUUAUUAUAUCUUUUAAAAGCAGUAAGCAGUUUUCAUCUGACAGCGUAGAUAAAAGAGGAGUAUAGGAAUUUGAAUGCUAGAGCAUCUCCCAGGUGAGCCUUAUUGCAGAUCUUUUUGAUAUAGUCACCCAUAAGCAUGGUGAGCUCCUGCUCUCAUAAGGUCAGCCAAAGCCCCUUAAGAAGGUACACAGCACAUCUGCAGUCAUUCGGGAGGUCCUGUGAAGUGUGGUGACGCAUCUAACACCUUUUGCUGCUCACUGAGAACCCAGCUUUGAACUUACAAGAUUACACUAACCAUUUUUAAAGUGCACAAAAAUAUUAUUAUUAGUCUUAACUAAAAUUACAUAUUUUAUAAUGCCCUGCAACUCUAAACCAUCCUUUUGUUUACACAUUUUUGUAUGGUAUUUUAAGAUUAUCACUUCAACAUUUCUAUAACCUUGUUUGUAUAGCACUUUCUCAAGAGCUGUCAGUCCCACAUACAAAAUCAUUUCUUUUACAAAAUGAUUUAAUAUGUAAUCAUGUGUCAGAACAUAAAUUUUGUCACUUGGGACAGUAGCUUUCCAGCUAAGAUAAUUGCGUGAACUCCGUUAAAACUGAUUAUCACUCAUCAAUGGCUUUAUUUUUAACCUAUAAAUAACCCCUUUCAAUAUACCUGGUUUUCACAGCAUUGCAAAAUCUGUAAAAAUAACUUUUAUUGGAAAAUGUCAUGAAGUCAUUUUUCAUUAUUUGUACUAAACAAUGUUUUAUGUACUCCUUUUGUGUUUUAUCUUUUGUUUUUCCAUCUGUACUCCCCUCAUCCUCCUAAUGUUGAGAAAAUCAAAUUUCCUGGGUGUGUCCUUGUUAAGUGAUCAAAAGUAAAUGUUCUCUUUGCCAUUUUAGAUGGAAAAAUAAUAAAAAAAUUAAAAAGUAAA